AAAAACGAUGUGACAUAUACUUAUAAACAAACAAGACCACCAUUAUCAAUAAUCAAAAGAAAGAAGAAGAAGCAUAAAGGUUUUGUUUCUAUGAUCCUGAAAUGGGAUUGAAAGAGCAACAAAAUUGUCUGAGUCAUAGGAAGAUUAUAGUUUUCUUAGUCUUAGCUUUUAUACCAUUAGCUCUGUUUCGACUCUGUUUUAAUAAUCCUUUCUCCUCCUCCAUUGAUGACACCUCUCUCCAAGACUCUUCAGCUCACGUUGUGAUCACCAGCUUCUCUUCUUCUUCUUCUCAAGAAGAAGAAACUCAAGAGAGCUUUGAUCGUGUAAAGGACGAACCUUUAUGCGAUUAUACGCAAGGGAAAUGGGUCAGGGACGAGACUGGUCCACUCUACAAUGGUUCAACCUGUGGAACAAUCAAGGAUGGUCAGAACUGUUUCCGCCAUGGUAGACCUGAUUCCGGUUAUCUUUAUUGGAAAUGGAAACCGAACCAAUGCGAUAUACCAAGAUUCGACGCUAACCGGUUUCUUGAUCUUAUGAGAGACAAGCAUCUAGCUUUCAUCGGCGACUCCAUGGCUAGAAACCAGCUUGAGUCUCUUAUGUGCUUGCUCUCUACCGUCUCUAGCCCUGAUCUUGUGUAUAGAAAUGGAGAAGACAAUAAAUUCAGAAGAUGGCGUUUCGAAUCUCACAACGUCACGGUCUCGGUUUACUGGUCCCCGUUUUUGGUGGCCGGUUUAGAGAAAUCGGGAAGCUUGGACCACAAUGUAUUGCACCUAGACCGCGUGGAUGAGAGAUGGGGCAAUGAUUUAGAACGUAUUGAUACGGUCGUUGUCUCAGUAGGGCAUUGGUUUCUGCAUCCGGCGGUUUAUUACGAGUCUGGCUCUGUUUUGGGAUGCCAUUCUUGUGAAACAAGCAACUGUACCGAGAUAGGGUUUUACGAUGUGUUUAGAAAAGCGAUUAGAACAACGUUGAAGGCGGUUGCCGGAAGUCGUCGUGAGGUAAUCUUGACGACGUUUUCGCCGUCACAUUUCGAAGGCCGGCCUUGGGACAGCCUUGGUGCUUGUAACAUGACAGAGCCGUACGAAGAGAAGGCUCUAGAAGGUUUGGACUUGGAUAUGCGGCAAAUAGAGAUGGAGGAGUUUACGGCAGCCAAAGCAGCGGCGUCUGAAGUGAGGUUAGAGGCGUUAGACGUGACGGCAAUGUCGGUGUUGAGACCAGACGGACAUCCUGGUCCGUACAUGUACCCGUUCCCGUUCAAGAACGGUGUACCGGAGAGAGUUCAUAAUGAUUGUCUCCACUGGUGUCUCCCCGGACCAGUCGACACGUGGAACGAGAUUAUGAUCGAGGUGUUGCGGCGAUGGAGGGUUUAAAUCAUGAACCAUGAUUGUGGAAGUGAUCCUAUGACAUCAUCAUUCAUUUACAACGCAUAUGACAAAAGGUGUAAUCAUUUUUUUCGGGAUUUCAUAAAGUAUAGCUAGGUAUAGUUUCUUUUCUUGAAUUUUAGAUACGAUCGAAACAUAAACACACAUGGAUCAUACUUUCCUUUUUGUUGCUUAUUUCUUCCGUUCUUCAGAAACGAUAGAGGAGUACAAAGUUCCAUAGUUCCAUGUCAUGUAACUUUUAUUUUUUGGAUUGGAAUCUUUCAAUUAUUAUGCC